AUGCCAUUUAUGGAUGAUAUUUUAUCGGCUGCUACAACGGUUGAAGAUGGCCUUAACAAGUUAGGAAAAAUCUUAGAAGCGCUACGACAAGCUGGCUUGACGCUAAACUUACAGAAGUGUUACUUCUUCGAAGAUACUUUAGAAUACCUGGGAUUUGAGGUUUCUAGAGAGGGCUUGAGACCAGGUCAGAAGAAAACAGAAGCAGUGGCUUCAUUCCCUGCUCCAGCUACCGUACAUCAAGUGAGACAGUUCGUUGGUUUGGAAAGCUUUUUCAGGAGAUUUAUUCCCAAUUUCGCUAGCAUUGCCAAGCCAUUGACAAUGCUAACCAAAUUAAAUACACCAUGGACCUGGGGUGAAGAUCAGGAGAAGGCUUUCCAACUAAUUAAAGCUAACUUAACGCAGAGACCAUUACUGGCAUUAUAUAACCCAAAAUAUUUAACGGAGGUACACUGUGAUGCAAGUAAAUUGGGCCUUGGUGGAAUAUUACUUCAGCGUGCUGAGGACAAGUAG